AUGUCCAGAUCUACACCUAUUCUUCCACCUUUAAAGUCCCCAUUGCAAGCUAGAACAAAGUUGGAUUCAUUUGUCACAAACAAGAAAUAAAUGGUGACGUUGAUGGAAGCUUGACUUCGAGACCCACUGCCUAUGGAAAAUCCUCAUGAAGCUGAAAACAGAGCCUCUAUCCCUUUUGCAGUAAGCCUUCAGGUUUGGGUCCCUGCUAUAUGAGCUAGACAGGUUUUGCCUACAACAUGUCUUCCUUGUCGUUACUAUCGGGGAGCUCUACAGACGGUAACUCUGCCUUGAACAGGUGGUUCAGACCGGAAACCCAAAAUGAUAGCCUUCCAUUUUCCUAAUUUGAACUCUAGGGUCUAUGGAGGCAGCUAUUAUUGGUGCUAAGACGAUGCAAAAGCUAGUGGGCUUGCCCGCUUAUGGUCAAUUUAAUUGUUUAAAAAUUUUUUGUCUCAAACUUGAAUACUUUUCAAAGAGAACUGCAUAAUUACAAAGAAGAAACCUUUUUAUCGCUUCCUGGCAUAAAUACCUUCAGAUCCCUUCCACCACUUGCAGAAGAGCGUUUUGAUAAAAAUUUUAACCUCUCCCUGACCUACAAAUUAGGCAAAAAACGGAUUGAGCAAGAAAAGCGCAAAGAAGAGCGCGCAAAAAAGAUUGAAAAAGAAAAAAAUUUGUUAAUGAUUAUCCAUGAUGAUAAUCCUACGAACAAAAAAUAUAUGACUUAUGAUAUGUUUUCCGAUAAAGAAAACUAUAAAAUCCUGAAAAGCAAAAGGAGAAAAUUUGGCGUCAAUAAGAAAAAACUAAAAAAAUCAAGAAUGAAUAACCAGUAUUUUCAAACACCACAAGCUAAUUAUAAAUUUAUAUUUUUAUAUAAUAAAUAUGGUCUUUUUCCUACUAUAUGCAUUAAUUAAUAUAGAAAGGCAUAAAAGAGGAAGGGAAAAAACCAUUACUACACAAACUGUGGCGAAAUGUUUAAACACGAUUUUCUUUAAUUAUGCUUAUAGAAACUCACCAAGAAAUUUAACAAAUGCAAUUUCAAAAGAAAUAGACGGAAGUUUAUCUAGAUCUCCUUCAUAUGAAGGUUCUUUGCCAAUAACAGAGUGUAUAAGUCCAGAUAUGGAAAAUACUGAUGAAUUGAUGACGCUGAAAUCAAUGAACCAAAAUGAGCUUGCUGAUUGCAUAAAGCGUGCUAUACAGAAAACUAUGAUGGAAGCAAGUGAUUUGAAAAGUAAACUUAAUAGACUUAAAAUUACCAAGGCUUCUGGAACAGUAGUAAAUUCCUAA